AAUAUGUAUGUUCAAAUAUGUAAUUGCAGUUUGGAUUGAAAUGGGCCAGAUAUCGUUUUACCUGAAAUCUAUUCCAUGCCUUGUAAUUUUUAUAAAUACGUAGUGUGUGAAUUAUGAUUAUGGUCUAGAAGGUUUUAUACGUUAACAACACAGUCGGGUGACUUUUGGUUCCUGUGACUUGUUUGUCCCAUUUGACCCAUUUUUUUGAACGGCAAGUUAGUUGUUAGGUGACUCGAGAAUCCACAGUGACAUCCAAAUGAUCCGGAUGUGGACGUCAAACCCGCACUCCAACGUACUACACUCGUUACCACCCGCAAGAGUUACCCUCGGGGUUACCACGAGGAGGAAAAUCCCUGGAGUGAGGCUUAAACCCAAGACGCACUCAAGGGAAGCAACCCCUCCACCACCCCAUCUAAAAGCAGAUGUACAAGUAUGGGGUUGUUCGUACGGAUGACUUGGCUCAAGACAUGCUGAAUUGGGACAGGUUUUACCUCAGUGGUCGCUUGCAAAAGCCUGUGCGUAUAAUUGUAGACAAUUUGGAUAUCAAAAAUACCAAUUUGGUUAAUUUAAGGGCUGCCUCUUCUGCUGCACUUCUUCUUUUGCCUUCAAAGUUCACAGAGAGAGAACUUUAUGAAAAAAUAUGCAGCCUCUCAUAUAUGGGUGACUUGCGUAUGCUUUUUGCAGAGGACAAAAAUAAGGUGAAAAAGAUAGUAGAUGGCCAAUUUGAAUUGUUCAGGAAUAUGUAUAAGCCGUUGAUUGAUGAAUAUGCAUCUAAGCAACUCUUGAGACUCUCCUCAUGUGGUGAUAAUAAUAAAACUAAAAUAACUCAGGAUUGUAGCUUAUCUGCAACAUCGUCCAUUGUGUCAUCCCUUCCCCUAUCUAUCAAAAGUCACAUGAAAGUGGGGCUAGCUGACAUGACAGAAGGUCAAAAUAGUAAAAUUACUAUUGGAUCACGUGAAAAGGCUGCAGCGUGCAUGCAAAAUGUUUUAAAGCGUAGAGUUAUGACUUCAAGUGCUAGACAAGCAGUGGCUGGUUUCAUAACUGCUGGAGCUGUUCAUGGAAUUAGAUAUCUUGGUAAAAAGAUGCAAAAGGCUUGGAAAUCUUCAACCUAGUAAGUUGUAUCACUGCUACCAUUAAAAUUUGCUAAUUUAAAAGAGAGACUGGCGAUAACAAGUUAGAUCCUACAUUAGAAUGAACAUUUAACUAGAAUAGUUGAUAUAAUAGACUGGAUUUAGUUAAGGACUCUCAAUUUGAAUGAGUUUUUUUAACAUUGCAGAGUAUUUUCUGUAAACUAGAGGUUGUAUCGCUGGGUAACGAGUAAAAUCAGGUAAUUUAUGAAA